AGGCCACAAAUGUCCCGGAACCGACUGAUGUUAGGAUAUUCUUGUUCUCCUGUAUCAAUCGCAUUAUCGUUAUAAUUACCAAACAUUGCAGCCUCAGAAUAAUAUUAUUAACGUAUUGAAUUGGUUUUUGCAAUUAGUUUCAUUUAAGUAUUUGGUUUACUCCAAGUAAUUGCUGCUAGAUACCUAACUGUUCAAAACCAAAAUACAGUUAGCUGCACUGUAUCUGGUUCAGAUAAUGUUCGCAACAACUUUGAUUUGAAUGAGCCUUCAGAAAUAUGACUAGCUAGCGACCGAAUCACACGCACGUACAUAAAUACAAGACUUAAAUCACAUUGGUAAAAUUCUGUGGAUCUGGCUGAACCACAGACUGCCGAAUUAAUCAAUUCGCACAAAGGAGCGUACUGUUCAUAGACUGUAUAAAAUAGGUACUGUUUCUUUAAAUGGUCACGAUUCACUGUCGCGUUGAUAUGACGCCAUAGAGUCAGACAUGUGGUGCUCUGCUGAAUAUUGCAGGAAAAAGUAGCAAACAUUCACUUGUAAUGGUAGCAGGGAUUUGUUUACAGUGACAUUUAACAGCCUCGCAGUGGGAAGUUUCUGAAAUAAACAAAAAUGUCAAGCGGUCGAAGACCCGAACACAUGGCACCGCCAGAGGUGUUUUACAACCAAGAUGAGGCAAGAAAGUACUCUCAGAACUCGCGGAUGAUCGAGAUCCAGAGUCAGAUGUCAGAGAGAGCCGUGGAGCUGCUGAGCCUGCCGGAAGAUCAGCCCUGUUUCCUGCUGGACGUGGGGUGUGGUUCAGGACUGAGUGGGGAUUACCUGACAGAAGAAGGACACUUAUGGGUGGGAGUGGACAUCAGUACCGCCAUGUUGGACGUGGCUUUAGAGCGGGAGGUUGAAGGAGACCUCAUUGUGGGAGACAUGGGCCAGAGGCUGCCAUUCAGGCCUGGAACCUUCGAUGGCUGCAUCAGUAUUUCUGCUUUGCAGUGGCUGUGCAACGCGGACAAAAAGUCACACAGCCCACCCAAGAGGCUCUACACCUUCUUUAGCACCCUGUAUUCCUCACUGGUUCGAGGAGCGCGUGCCGUGUUUCAGAUCUACCCCGAGAACUCUGAGCAGCUGGAGCUCAUCACCUCUCAGGCCAUGAAGGCCGGCUUCACCGGGGGCAUGGUGGUGGACUACCCCAACAGCACCAAGGCCAAGAAGUUCUUUCUCUGCCUGUUCGCCGGGGUGUCUGGGGUCUUGCCAAAGGGGCUGGGUUCAGAGACUGUUGACCGGGGUGUUGCCAAUCAAGUCCAGUUCACUGGGCAGAGGUGUCGCUUCAAGCACAUGAAGGGGAAGUCGCUGAAGAAGAGUAAGGACUGGGUCCUGGAGAAGAAGGAGAGGAGGAGGCGACAGGGCCGGGAGGUCCGAGCCGACACCAAGUACACAGCACGGCAGAGGAAGCCUCAUUUCUGACCGCCGUGUUCAACUCUGCUCCCACCCCCCCCACCCCCCACCCCUCUGCUGGGGUCACACAGCGCAGAGGCAGCGCACAAACCAACAGGCUCUGUGUGUGACCCCCCCCCUCCUGAAACUCACCUGGAACACCCUAAACCCGCCCCCCUGUGGAAGAACAGAACUCCUUUUUUCUGACUGUCAAUCAAAGCGAUGCCUCUUGAAAGGCCGGGAUGUGCUGUUGUGAGGACAGGAGACACUGACGUGGAAAGAUGUAUUAAAAUAACCACGUCUUUCUCUGA